CUCUUUUACUGUAAAACUGGAUUUAAAGCAGUAUAUAUUUUAAAUAGUGUAUGAAGUUAAAUUUACUCCAUACAUGUUUCUUUAAACUUGAAACGUUUUUCGGCGUGCAGCUGGCAAAAGGGCGACCAGAAUUUAGAACGGGCUGUGGAAGUGGACCCCCGUCAAGUUGUUUACCCAACGUAAAAACAGGCUUUGCAUCCCAGGACCCCAACCUUGGAUAUAAAAGGUCUUCGGGAGCGCAAGGAGGAGCUCAAAGUGAGAAAGACUCUGGACGGCGUAGUUGGCAGUUUGAACAGAAAAUGCGCAAUUAUCUCUGGUUAGCAGUGCUCCUGGUGGUGGCCACCACCUGCAUCAAGGCCAAGCCGCUGGUCUCCUUCGGCGUCAGCUACCAGCAGCCUUACCUGGGCCCCCAGCCAGGACCCUACUACUACGGAGAACCGUACCCGGCAGGUGGCUACUACAACAACUACCAGAACUACCACAACAGCCCGGGACCGCACGGAUACCCCUAUCCGUAUGCCAAUCGCUAUGGCGCCCUCGAUCUCGGAAUCGGCGCCCUGUCGCUAUCGUCGUUCCUGCUCUGA